AUUAAUCCUUGCUCCCAAACGUUUCUCUACUUAGAUCUAAAAAAACUGAUAUUCUUCUUCUUUACUUUUAAGUUUUUAGAGCACUAUGGGUAGUGAAGCUUUGGAAUUUUUUUCUUGUGAUAAUAAUAAUAAUAAUCAUGGUUUUUGCUAUGAACCAAAAAAGAACACAAUUAUGGAGGAAACUGAUAAUCUUUCCAUUAUUCAUGAUGGUUCUUGGUUUGAAGAAGAGAUUGAUGUUGAUCUCAAAUGGUCUUUUGCUUUGAACAGUGUGCUGUAUAAAGGAACAAGCGAGUACCAAGAUAUUGCUCUUUUGGACACCAAACACUUUGGGAAGAUAUUGGUGAUAGAUGGGAAGAUGCAGAGUGCAGAAGUGGAUGAAUUUAUAUAUCAUGAAUGUCUCAUUCAUCCAGCUCUCUUAUGUCACCCAAACCCCAAAAAUGUGUUCAUAAUGGGAGGUGGUGAAGGGUCUGCAGCAAGGGAAGCUCUUAGACACAAAUGUAUGGAGAAAGUUGUCAUGUGUGACAUUGAUAUGGAGGUUGUUGAUUUCUGCAAGAAACAUCUAACAGCAAACCAUGAGGCUUUUCUUCACAAGAAGCUAAACUUGGUCAUUAACGAUGCCAAAGCUGAGCUAGAGCAGAGGCAAGAAAAGUUUGAUAUCAUAGUUGGGGAUUUAGCUGAUCCAGUUGAAGGAGGACCUUGUUACCAACUCUAUACCAAAUCUUUCUAUCAAAAUAUCCUUAAACCUAAGCUUAACGAUACUGGCAUCUUCGUUACUCAGGCUGGACCAGCAGGGGUUUUUACACACAAGGAAGUUUUCUCAUCCAUUUACAACACAACCAAGCAGGUUUUCAAAUAUGUGCUGGCAUAUACAGCUCAUGUACCCUCAUUUGCUGAUACUUGGGGAUGGGUUAUGGCUUCUGACCAACCAUUUUGUCUUGAUGCUGGAAAAUUGGACAAGAAAAUAGCAGAAAGAAUUGAAGGAGAAUUGUUAUAUCUUAAUGGUGCUUCAUUCUUCUCUUCCACCAUCUUGAACAAGACUGUUGCCAAAACGCUGAAGAAUGAGAGUCAUGUGUAUACUGAAGAUGAUGCAAGGUUCAUUCAUGGGCAUGGAUUGGGAUGUAGAAAUUGAGGCAACAAGGUUUUCUGAUGGGGGAACUGUACAGCCAAAUGUUUGGGUAACAAAGGAAUAUGAA